CAGGAAAUGGGCCUCAUCCGGCUCCUCCGUCGGGAGAUAGCAGCAGUUUUCCGAGACAACUGGAUGAUAGCCAUCUGCCAAAAUGUGGCCCUGAGUGCAGAGGAGAAACUUGCCAUGCGGCACCAGCUACAGAAGCAUAAGAUCUUGAUGAAGGUCUUCCCCAAUCAGGUCCUGAAGCCUUUUCUGGAAGAUUCCAAGUAUCAAAACCUGUUGCCCCUUUUUGUGGGACACAACAUGCUGCUGGUCAGUGAAGAGCCCAAGGUCAAGGAGAUGGUGUGCAUCUUAAAGGGUGUGCCUUUUCUGCCACUGCUAGGUGGCUGCAUUGAUGACACCAUUCUCAGCAGGCAGGGCUUCAUCAACUAUUCCAAGCUGCCCAGUCUGUCCCUGCUGCAAGGAGAGCUGGUAGGAGGGCUCAUCCUCCUUAUGGCCCAGACCCACUCCCUGCUUCAGCACCAGUCCAUUCAGCUGACUGCCCUGUUGGAUCAGUACAUCAGACAACAGCGCAAGGGGGACUCUGUCAUGUUGGCCAGUGGGAAGCCAGAUCCUCCUGACCCUGUCCCAGACUCCUGACCAGCCUGUUUGGCCAGCCAUGCCCAUAAAUAUUCU